GGCGGCCGAGGAGCGCGGCGCGCGGUCGCGCUGCUGCAAUAUUCUUCCGCCGGCUGCAAAGAGUCCCAGCGCCGCUCCCGACUCGUGCAUCUCCUGGGCCGCGCUGACACCCCGGAAUAAUGAAAUGUGGAGUACUGUCAUCGACUCCCUUAGGAUUUCAUCCGCGGUAACAAACCCGAGCGGCGCAAUUUUCUGCGGCUCCCGAAGAGAGGGGAGAAAAUUCCUCCGCGAGAAACGGGUUCCGGCCGCGAGCCUAUAAAAAACGGGCGGCGCCGUGCGGCUGUCUUUUCAGUCGGGCGCUGAGUGGGUUUUCGGAUCAUGUCUGGUGGCUCCGCGGAUUACAACAGCAGAGAACAUGGCGGCCCAGAGGGAAUGGACCCCGAUGGUGUUAUCGAGAGCAACUGGAAUGAAAUCGUUGAUAACUUUGAUGAUAUGAAUUUAAAGGAGUCUCUUCUUCGAGGCAUCUAUGCUUAUGGUUUUGAGAAGCCAUCAGCUAUUCAGCAGAGAGCUAUUAUUCCGUGUAUUAAAGGGUAUGAUGUGAUUGCUCAAGCUCAGUCAGGUACUGGCAAGACAGCCACAUUUGCUAUUUCCAUCCUGCAACAGUUGGAGAUUGAGUUCAAGGAGACCCAAGCACUAGUAUUGGCCCCCACCAGAGAACUGGCUCAACAGAUCCAAAAGGUAAUUUUGGCUCUCGGAGAUUAUAUGGGAGCAACUUGUCAUGCCUGCAUUGGAGGAACAAAUGUUCGAAAUGAAAUGCAGAAGUUGCAGGCUGAAGCCCCUCAUAUUGUUGUUGGUACACCAGGGAGAGUGUUUGAUAUGCUAAACAGAAGAUACCUUUCUCCAAAAUGGAUCAAAAUGUUCGUUUUGGAUGAAGCAGAUGAAAUGUUGAGCCGAGGGUUUAAGGAUCAAAUCUAUGAGAUUUUCCAAAAGUUAAAUACAAGCAUUCAGGUUGUGUUGCUUUCUGCCACAAUGCCAACUGAUGUGUUGGAAGUGACCAAAAAAUUCAUGAGAGAUCCAAUUCGAAUUCUGGUGAAGAAGGAAGAAUUGACCCUGGAAGGAAUCAAACAGUUUUAUAUUAAUGUUGAACGAGAGGAGUGGAAGUUGGACACUCUUUGUGACUUGUAUGAGACACUGACUAUCACACAAGCAGUUAUUUUUCUCAAUACAAGACGCAAGGUGGAUUGGCUCACAGAGAAAAUGCAUGCCAGGGACUUCACAGUUUCUGCUCUGCAUGGUGACAUGGACCAGAAGGAAAGAGAUGUCAUCAUGAGGGAAUUCCGAUCAGGGUCAAGCCGUGUUCUGAUCACUACUGACUUGUUGGCUCGUGGGAUUGAUGUGCAACAAGUGUCCUUGGUUAUAAACUAUGAUCUACCUACCAAUCGUGAAAACUAUAUUCACAGAAUUGGCAGAGGGGGUCGAUUUGGGAGGAAAGGUGUGGCUAUAAACUUUGUUACUGAAGAAGACAAGAGGAUUCUUCGUGACAUUGAGACUUUCUACAAUACUACAGUGGAGGAAAUGCCCAUGAAUGUGGCUGACCUUAUUUAAUUCCUGGGAUGAGAUAGUUUGAAUGCAGUGCUCGCUGUUGCUGACUAGGCGAUCACAACGUGCAUUGUGCUUCUUUGAGAAUAUUUGAAUCUUGUCUCAAUGCUCAUAACGGAUCACAAAUACAGAUUCUGAUAGCAAAGCGACUUUAGUCCUGAGCUCUUGUGAGGAAAGGCAUUGGCUUUAUCCUCUUUAGAGUUAGACUGUUGGGGUGGGUAUAAAGAUGGGGUCUGUAAAAUCUUUUUUUCUUAGAAAUUCAUUUACUAGUUAUGUAGAAAUGGUUGUAUUAGAUGUUCUCUAUCAUUUAAUAAUAUACUUGUGGACUAAAAGAUAUAAGUGCUGUAUAAAAUCAGCCAAUUAUGUAAAACUAGCAUAUUUGCCUUUAUUGUGUUUGUCAUUAGCCUGAUUAGAAAGGCCUUUAAAAGUGAUCUUUCUUUUUUAGAAGAAUUUGAAUGCAUUUUGUUGGUAUUGUAUUUAUUCAAUAAAGUAUUUAAUUAGUGCUAAGUGUGAACUGGACCCUGUUGCUAAGCCUCAGCAAGCAAUCAUAUCCUAGGUAGGGUUAAACCCCCAGUAAAAUUGCCAUAUUGCACAUGUCUUAAUGAAGUUUGAAUGUUAAAUAAAUUGUAUAUUCACUUUA